UAAAAUUAAUAUUUAUGUAUUAUAUACUUCCAUUAGAGCAAGCUCUUACUAACUAUUUAUACUUCAUAGACUAUAUUAUUCUUUCAAACCUCUAUUAUACUUCUAUUUUACUAGAUUGACAAUUUACAAAUCUAAUUUGGGUUUUUUUCACAAAGUAACAACCCGAUUUUUUUUUAAAUCCACUGCUUUUAAAUAAUUUUCAACUUAUAACACCGUUUCGCUCGAAUUCGGUUUUUUAUGUGUGUGUGUUAGUGUGUAAGCUUUUUCUAAGAGCUUGGAAAAUCGAUGGUUACACUAGUAUUAAAUCGUAAGCCGACAAAACAGAUAUAUAGUACUAGGAUUUGUAUACACAGAUGUAAUAAUACGUUGUUUUCAACUGCUCUAUCAUUUGACUAUUGGCAAAAACAAAAUAUAAUAUAUUUCAUAAAUCCCGCGUACUGAACACCUACAGAAAACGACUACGUGUUUAACAGUUAGCCAUUAGUAUACGUUGUCCCUUUUGUGUUGCAAAACUUGGAACUGUUUUCAUUCUUCAAGCCUUUUUUUUCUAAAACAAGUACUCUAGUAGGUUACCUAUUAUUUGAAAAAUAAAAAUGUAUUCGAAAACUAUGAUACUGUUUUUCAGCUUGGCAUUGUACUUAUUGGAAUGUCAGGGUGCACAGCCUACUCCAGAACAACGUGAAAUAAUAAGUAACAUAAUCUGGGAAAAUGUUGGCCAAGAAGGCACAGGCUAUGAAGGAUUAAAAGAUGUAUUAAUAAAAGUAGUCGCUAAAUUAAAAUUAUCCAUAGAGUUCCCUGAUAAGGAUGAGUUGCUGGUGGAAUCAAAAGAAUAUGUUGAUAGUUUACUCCAUGAAUACACAUUGGAAGAAGUUAUAAGCGUUGUCAAAGAUUUUGUAGACUCCGAAAGUUUAGCAUACGAUGGUACCGUACAAGAUUGCGUGAGAAGGGCAACAAACAUUUUCGGGUCACUUGAAAGUUUUAUACGUUAUGAAGAAUUAAAAGAUAUAAUUGGAGUGAUAAAGCACAAAUUUAAAGUUACCAAACACUUCCCUACUUAUCAAGAACAUAAAUUGGCGUUAUCAAACCGCGCACACUAUACUGUGGAUCAAGUUGAAAACAUAGUUAUUAAAAAACUAUUUUCGAUUUAAGGGUUGGAUUAUAUUUUUAACUGUUUUUAAAUUAGUGCAUGUCACAUACGAUUAAUUUAGUUUUGUUUGAUUAGCUAAUUAUUUUGAUCUUGUAUUUCGUUAGUGCACUGUUUAA